CGAAAUGAUUACGUAAGAAUACAUUUACAUAGUACAGUCAACAAACAACGCAUUAUUACUGAUAAGUUUCUCCGUCCUCUACGGUAUUAAAUAAAAAUAAUUUCUGUGAAAACACUUUGAAGUUAUGUUAAAUUCAUGGACUUUGCUGAUAAGUAAUUUAAAAAAUACUAAAGUUUUCAAUCAAAUAAGAUGUGCUUCACAAGUUCUACCACAGUUAUCUUCGGAGAAAUACAAUGUAAGAAGAAAGCAAUUCGGCAACAUACAAGCUUCCGAUGUAGAUUACUUUAAGACAAUUUUAAGCGAAGAUCGGGUGCUGACUGAUGAAAAUGAUAUUCUUCCAUUUAAUAUUGACUGGAUUAAAAAUUGCCGAGGACAAUCGAAAUUAGUUCUAAAGCCAAAGUCAACAGAAGAGGUGUCUCAUAUCUUGAGAUACUGCAACGAGAAACGGCUGGCAGUUUGUCCACAGGGCGGGAACACGGGAUUGGUCGGCGGCUCGGUGCCUGUCUUUGAUGAGAUCGUUCUGAGUUUUAUGCUUAUGAACAAAAUUAUCAGCCUAGAUGAACUUUCAGGUGCAUUAGUUUGUGAGUCGGGAUGUGUUUUGGAGAAUUUGGACAACUACGUGCGGGAGCGCAACCUGAUAAUGCCUUUGGACUUGGGUGCUAAAGGGUCGUGCCACAUCGGCGGCAACGUGAGCACGAAUGCUGGCGGGCUGCGGCUGCUGCGCUACGGGAACCUACAUGGAUCAGUACUAGGUGUUGAAGCUGUAAAAGCCGACGGCACGGUCAUAGAUUGCCUAAAAACUUUAAAAAAGGACAAUACAGGAUAUCACUUAAAGCACCUGUUUAUCGGUUCUGAAGGCACUUUAGGUGUUGUGACCAAAGUUGCGAUCCAUUGCCCCGCGAUGCCGAAAGCUGUUUCACUUGGAUUUUUCGGUGUGAAAAACUUCGAAAAUGUCCUUCGUUUGUAUGCAAGCGCUAAAUCAUCGCUCGGAGAGAUUUUAUCAGCCUUCGAAAUGGCUGACAAUGAUUCUAUCUCCUCUACUGUAGAAAAUCUUAAAUUGCCAAAUCCAAUAUCAGAUUAUCCUUUCUACGUUUUGGUGGAAACGAGCGGCAGUGACGAAACCCACGACGCUGAGAAGCUGUCGAGAUUUCUGGACAAGGAGAUGGAGAGCGGACUCAUAGUUGACGGAACCGUCACUUCGGAACCUGGCAAAAUGCAGACAAUUUGGAAUCUACGUGAGAGCAUAGCCGGCGCGGGUCUGAUCGACGGCUACGUGUUCAAAUACGACGUGUCAGUGCCACUUGCGAACUAUUACAGCCUCGUGCCGCUGCUCAGACAGAAGUUAGGCUCGAAAGCGAUCAAAGUAUACGGAUACGGACACGUUGGCGAUGGUAACAUCCAUAUCAACGUAACAGUACCGAAGUACGACCAAGAAGUGUGUUCAAUGUUGGAACCUUAUAUAUUUGAAGAGGUGGCCAAGUUGAAUGGAUCUAUAAGUGCAGAGCACGGCGUCGGCUUCCGCAAGCCGCAUUACAUUCACUACAGCAAAGAUGUUACAACUAUACACUUGAUGAAGCAACUCAAACAACUAAUGGACCCUAAUGGUAUCCUCAACCCUUACAAAGUACUACCUGAAGUGUAACAUAAUGACUAUAUCCAAAACUCAAUAAAGCAAUUUAAGAUAUUUAUGUAUA